GCGGCUUCCCACGUGGGCGGAGAGUCCGGGGCUGCAGGAUGUAGAGAUGGGGGCUCGCGUGAGCCGCGCCUUCAGGAACUUCAACCUGGAGAACCGAGCCGAGCGGGAGAUCAGCAAGAUGAAGCCCUCCACGGCUCCCAAGCACCCUUCCACCCGCGACCUCCUGCAGGAGCAGCUGAGUCAGCAUCCAGAAAUCAAAGAAGAAGUUUCCAGGAAAGAUAACAAGCUGUUGUCAUUACUAAAAGAUGUAUAUGUCGACUCCAAAGAUCCGGUGACAUCCUUGCCGGUAAAAGAUGCCCAAGUGCUGCGGCAAGGACCGAAGGAGUUCAGACUGCCCAUAGGACAGCAGUUCGAUAAGAAUGUCAUGGACAUUCCCAAAGGCAAAGUUUCUGUUGUAGAAGCGUUGACACUUCUCAAUAACCAUAAACUUUCUCCAGAAACAUGGACUGCCGAGAAAAUUGCCCAAGAGUACCAUUUAGAACUGAAAGAUGUAAAUUCCGUUCUCAAAUAUUUUGUUACUUUUGAAGUCAAAAUCUUUCCUCCAGAAGACAGGAAAGCAAUACCAUCAAAAUGAAGGAAUCAUAAGACAGCUGCCUGUGUGUCCUCCAUGCACGGUGUCCUAGUUCAGUGUAUUAAAUUACACAAGUUACUGUGAACCCAGUGCCUGCUUCCAGCACUCUUUGACCUCUUCAGGAUUGUUCAGAGAAUGUUCUUUUUUUUUUUAACUUUAUGUAUGUGUAAUUCCUGCAUAUAUGUCAGCAUGACCAAUCCCAUGUAUAAAUUUAUUAUAAGUAAGACAGGUAAUGUGUCAUUUUAGACACAUCAGCUUUUAAAUUAAUCAUGUGGCCCAAAUCAUUUAAUAUUAAGUUUCACUUUCCAGUUUAGGAUGGUUUGUUCUUUGUAGGAGACACUGAAAGCUGGAGCCGUCCUACCCCUGUAAGACUGGCAUUUUGUUGGGGAAAGAGAUUCUCAGGUGAGACACGGUGACUAUUUCCCAAAUACACUGAGUACAAAAGUAGAAAAUGCAUAUUACCACCUUGAGAAUAAACAUCCAUAGAAUUUGUUAUGUUUUGAAUUGGUUUUAAGUAUGAAAUAACUUUUUAGAACAAUUGGUGGCAUCUGUAACAUGUCAACAGUCUCUUUUGACAAGUAGAAGUUACUUUAAGAGCUUUCGGAGAGACAGGCAGUACCUACGACUAUUAGAACAAGUAACUUCCGCCAGUCAAGAAGUAAGAGAACUAUGUAAGAAACAGCUUAAAAGGAUCUAAAUCUUAUGAUCAAACAUACCUGUUUUCGUUCUAGGAGAAAAAGUAGCAAACAGAAGUAUAAACUAAUAGUCCCCAAAGGGACCUGGGAAGUUACUGGUCAUUCAUCUUAACGCAGAAGCAUAGCACACUCCAGUAAUAGAAUCUCAAACGAGGUACUAUGACAUGUUUUACCUGUGGGUUCUUGGCUGUAUUGUUUGGUCUCUCUGUAAUUGAUUUUUCUAUAAAAGUAUAUUGCUGCCUUGUGUAAAUUCCAGGACAGUAGUGAAGAUAAAUGACAAAGGACCAAGCAAAUACAAAUUCUUGUAGUUAAAGUAGGUGUCUAAACCUAUGACUGAAUUGUUUAUGAUAUAAGGAAGUCAGAAUUUAGGUUUUGAAAGUCUUACUAGUAUUUUUAUUUAUUAUGCCAAAAAGGAACACAUUUCAAAAGGACAGAAUGCAGUUGGAAUUGGGAUUGUCCAUAUACUUUCAAGGGGACACAGAUAGAUUUCGCUCUAGAGUCCCUGGAAAUGAUGUGGAAAUUGAGAGGGAUUCAGCAUGGUGAUGGAAUGAGGCAGGUGUGAUAGCAAAGACGGGAAAUGAAUGGGAAGUUUGUGAGCUUUCUUCAGAUGUAGUACCAUCCCUGGUUAUUUGUGGUUCCUACGGAAGUUUAAGAGAACACACUAAUUCUGAUCAGUACAAAAUUACAUCUGAAAACUCAAAUCAAUUAAAACCAUCGUCCUUUAAUUCGGAAUGAAUUACUUUGAAUCGCUAGUACUACUUCAUACUCAUUUUUCCCGUGUGGUUCAUCUGAUGUAAAUGUGGCUUCUGUUGUAUGGAAUCACACAAUAAAAAUACUUCCAUUUUA